AUGUCUAAGGAAACUAAAUAUUCCGAAAAAGGGGGGCAUGAUAGCCGCAAGCCCCUGUCAAUAUCACAAUCGGAACAGAUGGCAAAGGCGGCUGAUACGUUGGGUGUCGAAGAAGGUGAAACAAUAUCAGGGGAUGACGAACUAUUAGCAACUUUGGGGUAUCGAGCUGAGUUGAAACGCGAAUUUUCGUACAUCACCGUUUUCGGGCAAAGUUUUGGAGCUAUGGGAAUUGCUCCAGCAAUUGCCGAGAGUAUGAUUUUCAGUUUAGGCAGUGCUGGGAGUGUGGGAAUGUGGGUUGCACGUUUGACUCCACCACGACAGAGAGCAUUCAUGUGCUGGCUUGCAGGUUAUAUGAACGUCUUAGGGUAUAUAUCGAUAUACGCAUCUACUAUAUAUGCAGCGACCCUCAUUCUUGGUGCGAUAUGUAGUAUUAACACAGAUUUCGUCUUUGUGGCUACGAAGUACCAAAACUACGGCAUGUUCACGGCGACCACCUUCCUGACUUUUGGAAUGACUUGUGUGCCCUCACAAACGCUCUCUCGUCUCAACUUGUUCUAUAUAUUCUUGCAACUUGCUAUGCUUUUCGCUCUGAUUAUUUCACUUGCUGCUGGGACACGCUCGGAACUCAAGAACUCGGCGAGUUUUGUCUUCGCAGAUUUCCAAAACACUGGUUUCUGGACGAACAAUGGUUGGGCAUUCAUGCUCUCCUUUCUUACCCCGGUAUGGGUUGUUUCUGGUUUCGAAAGCGCAGCUACUAUAGCGGAAGAGGCGAGCAAUGCUGCGAAAGCGGUUCCAUUUGCGAUGGUCUCCUCACUAGUAACAGCCGCAAUAACAGGUUGGGCAGUCAUUAUAACGAUUGCAUUUUGUAUGGGGCCGAAUGUAAUAAGUAUAGUGACAUCACCUUUGGGCCAGCCUUUGGCACAGAUUGCGUUCAAUAGUUUGGGUAAAACCGGAAGUGUUGCGUUGUUGAUCUUCCUAUGGGUUUCGAGUGUGGCCAAUUGCUCGAUUUUAAUGGUCGCGGCUUCGAGAGAAACUUUUGCUUUUGCUAGAGACCAUGGCCUUCCAUUUUCGUCCUACCUGCGAGUGCUCUCAUCCAACAAAACCCCAGUCCGCGGUAUUUCUUUCGUCGCUCUUUGUACUCUUGCAGAAGGGCUUCUCAUGCUCGUCAACUCCAUCGCCAUAAAUAGUAUAUUCAAUCUCGCUAUUAUGGGUCUGUACUUCGCUUAUUGCAUGCCUUUAAUCUCCCGACUCCUAUUCCGGCAUUUUACACCGGGGGUAUGGUACAUGGGCGAUACAAUUAGUUAUGUCAGUGCAAUUUAUUCUGUGGCAUGGAUGACAUUCAUUUUUGUCUUGCUACUUUUUCCCAGCUACGAACACCCAAAUGCACAGGAAAUGAAUUAUGCUGUUGUGGUUUUGGGCUUCGUUUUGCUUUUCUGUGUGGUGUAUUAUUGGGUGCCUAGGUAUGGUGGAAAUACGUUUUUCAAGGGACCUGUUAGGACGAUUGAUGAAGUGUUGCAAGAAAGAGAAGAUGCCACGGAAAGGGUGUUGAAAGAUAUUGAAGGAAGAGAAGGGGGUGGGAGUAAAUGUAAUGAUGGUUGA